UGAUAUCUUUGACAUUCCUCUCUGCUGUGUCCAGAGCCAGGGCCAGCACACAGAGAGGCUGAUUAAGAUGGGGUUUAAGAAGUUUCAUCAGUUUCUAUAUCAAGAAGAGAGAACCAGGAUAGCUGCACUGAAGGAGGAAGAGGAGCAGAAGAGUCAGAUAAUGAAGAAGAAGAUUGAGAAGAUGAGCAGAGAGAUAUCAUCACUUUCAGACACAAUCAGAACCAUAGAGGACGAGCUGGGAGCUGAGGACAUCUCAUUCCUGCAGAACUACAAGGAUACAGUGAAAAGAGCCCAGUGCACACUGCCAGAUCCAGAGAGGGUUUCAGGAGCGCUGAUAGACGUGGCAAAGCACCUGGGAAACCUGCAGUUCAGAGUCUGGGAGAAGAUGCAGGGAGUAGUUCACUACACUCCAUUGACUCUGGACCCCAACACUGCCCACCCAGAACUCAUCCUGUCUGAUGAUCUGACCAGUGUGAGAUACAGUGAUGAGGAACAGCAGCUUCCAGACAACCCAGAGAGGUUUGAGAGCCAUAGAAUGGUCCUGGUCUCUGAGGGUUUUAACUCAGGAACACACAGCUGGGACAUUGAUGUUAGGAAGAAUAAAGGCUGGGACCUGGGUGUGAUCACAGAGUCUGUCCAGAGGAAGGAAUACAAUGGUUAUUGGCAUGGAUCCUGGGGUGUGUUGUUUGGUGGUGUUGAUUAUAACACACAUGUACCAAAUAAGCCACUCACUCCCUUCACAGUGAGACAGAAUCCCCAGAGGAUCAGAGUGCAGCUAGACUGGGAAGGAGGAAAGCUGUCAUUCUCUGACCCUGUCAAUAACACACAUCUACACGCAUUCACACACACUUUCACUGAGAGAGUCUUUCCAUACAUCAGGAAUCUCUGUUUUCUCCACCCUCUGAGAGUGUCACCAGGUAAGGUGACUGUAUCAGAGGGUACUGUCUCUGUCUGA